CAAAUUCAAAAUAUAGAGCAGGAAACAUACAGCACAGAAAUGGAUAUAGAAAAUUACGAUCAAGUGGCGAAUAAAAUACAUUACAAGUUACCGAAAGUGAAUAAACUCCUGGCAAACUGUGAAUUAAACACACAAUUAGCAAUAGAAGGUAUAGAGGAGAAGCUUAAUAAGGUAUUCAGCAUAAACACAUCAGAUAUAAUUGUGAAAGGAAGAUCCAGAAAAUGUCAUGACUUGUCAAAAGUAUCAUCAAUGAUUAAAAAGCUUAACAUCCGUGGAAAGCCAACAUCAGAUAUGCCUAAGAAGAAGGUUCGAUCUGGAUCUACUAGUUCAAUAGCAUCUGACGACAGUAACAGAGAUUAUAAAGCAGAAAUUCAAAGUCAUUUAAAAGAUAUGAGAAAAAUUAUCGAAAGCAUUCAUAAAACAAGUAUUAAGGAAGAUGACGGGAAUUCGGCUUUUGAAACAGUUACAACAUCACACAAUAACUUUCUACAGUUGGUUUUUGGACUUCAGAAGAUUGCAAAUGAGAUGGCAGUAAUUGCUUCAAAUGACAGUGUUCCUUCUGAUAAUCCGUCACUUUCAUUCAUUGAUGAUGAGCUUAUUGAUCAGUUAAAACAGUUAGAUAAGUGCCUUAGUGACAUGCAAAAACUUUAUGAGAACAAAAAUCCAGUCACAAAUUUGGAAAAGAAACAAAAUCUCAAAUUAGAAUACACAUCGAUUAUUAAUAAUAUAUUGGGAACAAUCAACAAUAAUCCUCAUUAA